AGUAAGAUUUCAUCCUCAACAAAAGUUAUAAAAAACUCCAAUUCUUAAACAAAUUAGUUGUCAAAUAAAAUAAUCAAUACGUCAGUUAAUGAAAUAACAUCAAUUAAAAUAAAUAGACAUUAGAUUUAUUUAAAAAUAAUAAAGUCAACAGUGAGAAUGUGACGUAAAAUACCUAAUUCCGAGAGCAUACAAAACUAGAGUAUUCGGUUUUACCAAAAUGGUCGUGAGCUAACCAACACUCGUGGGUGCAGUUAUAAAAUAAUAAAAUUACUCAUAAAUAAUAAAUAUUCUCAUUGCUUAAUAUAUUAAACAAUAAUAUUUAAGUAUCACCAAGUGUUUAAAUUAUUAUUUUAUCGCCAGUUAAUAGUCUGCAUUGCGGUAAAAUAAUUAUGUAUGACAGCUGACAAAUGUUUACUCAUAAUUAAUAAUUAUAAUCGUCUUAUAAAUUUAAUAUAAUUACUAAAUUUUUUAAAACACUUGCCAUUUAAUUAAAUUUAAAAAUAUAUUUAAAAAAUUAUUACUAUUAGUCUCCAUUUUAAUUCAAAUCAUGGAGAAAUUAAAGGAACACGGAUGGUAUUUAUCAGAACAAGGGUUCAAUUUAAUAAGUAAUUCUGGAAAAAUAAAUGAUAUUUCGUCAUUAAUAAAACGUGCUAUUGACUUUGAUUUACGUGAAAUCGGAAGUGGAGAAGGUGAUUUUACAAAAAGUAAAUUAGUAGUACAAAUAUCAAAGCUGCGUAACGUUGCGGUACCAAAAAAUAAGGAAGCAUGUUCAACACCUCGUAUGUUAAAAUUAUAUUUAACUGAUGGUAAAAAUAAUUAUCAAGCUGCUGAAUACGAUCAAAUCAACGUAAUAAAUAUAAACACACCACCGGGAACUAAAAUAGUAAUUAAACCUGGCGAUAUAUUGAUGGUACACGGUAUUAUAUUACUGAAAUCAAGUGACGUUGAGUGUGUGCUGGGUGGACGAGUACAGAGUCUCAUUGAGAAGUGGGAAUUAAGUAAAAAAUUGACCUCAUACACACGUGUGAGAUCAGUUGAAGAGGGCGGUCCACCUCCUUGGAUACCAUUCGGUCAGAAAAUAAUAAAAGUUACUGAGAAAGACAAAAAAUUCAAGUCCCUGGGUGACAGCAAGGAGGGUACCAGCAAAGACAGCGAGUUCGAGGCUCAGAGACAGGACGCUAUUGCCGAAGCUUCAAAACAGGGAAGUAAAAAAGUGUUUGGCGGCGGUAAUAAACCAUUACUUGAUUAUUCUGUACAGAGGAUAGUUGAUCAAGGAUUUACAAUAGAGCAAGCUGAGUAUGCGUUGAAAAUGAACCGUAACAAUGUUGAUCGUGCACUUAAAUCACUUCAGAAAAACGAUAACACGCAUGGCAAACAGAAUCGCGAGCCGCGAGAACCGCGAGAACCGCGAGGAAAACGUUCAGAUAAGAAGAAUGAAGAGACUAAACCCAGUAGCGGAAAGAUUUCAUUGUUUGAUUUUCUUGAAGAUAAACUGCCUGCUCAGGCAACUGAACACACGGAUACUUACUCAUCAAAUACUUAUAAUAAUGAUUACGGGAGUUCUAGAUUAGAAAAUGAACGGCAUAGUCGUGGUGGUGGUCGUCCUGGAGCCAGUGGAGAUACAACGCAUUCACAGUCUACCAGUAGAGGUGGUAAGAGCCAAAAAGGUGGACGCGCUGGUUAUCAAACUUCAUCACGAAAUAAUGAAGGCAAUAAACCACCGAAGAAAAACAAUAGUAGUAAUAAUGAUAAUAAUUAUAAUAACACAUUGUCAUACGGAGUGUCAAAUUUGUCCAUUAAUUCAUCAUCUCAUCAAAAUAAACCACCGAGAUUUCAAAAGCAGGAUACUCACAACCAGAAGCAGCAUCAGGACUUUCAUAAUCAGAAACAUCAAGACUUUCAAAGGCAGGAUUAUCAAAAUCAUACUAAGUAUCAAGAUUAUCAAAAUCCAAAGCAUCAAGAGUUUCAAAAAUAUCAAGAUUUUAAUUAUCAACAAACUGAUAACAUGAAGAAAUCGUUUGAUAGAAAAAAUUCGGCUGUACAACCACGAAAUGACUAUAAUUAUACAGGAAUAAAUAAUGAAUUGCCAUCAAAUAGAAAUAAAAAUAAUCAAAAUGACACUCGCUACGGUCAGUACGAAAACGAUUCAAGUAAACAAAAUUACGAUACUCAAUUUAAUAAACACCAUAAUACUAAAACUUACACAGAAACAAAUCAAAAGUCAUUUGGAUCAAAUACCUACGAAAAUAAUUACAAUAAGUAUCAAAUGAAUGAUGUUGAGUUUAAUAAUUCAAAUGUAAAUCGAUCGACUUAUAAAAAUAAUAGCAGCAGUAGUGAUAAUUACAAUAAGUACAAUAGCAGCGGCGGUAAUAAUUUAAAUUCAAACGGAACGUGGGCAUGGAAAAAAGGCGACCAGUGCAUGGCGAAAUAUUGGGAAGACAAUAAAUAUUAUAACGCCGAAGUGACGGCUGUGUCGGCACGCACGUGCGUUGUGCAGUUUAAAGACUUCAAUAAUUACGAGGAAGUAUUGCAAGUUGACUGCAUACCAAUUACAGAAGAUAUUGCCCCGAGUUUCGUAGCUCCCGAGGUCGAUAAUCGCCGCGGUGGCUACCGCGGCCCGCGUUACGAUCAAAAUAAAAAUUCUGGAAUGGAAUUUAGACGCGGUGGAGGCGGCGCUGCAGUUGCCGCUGGAGGGUCUAGUCGCGGGCACAAUAAAAAACGCACGCAGCAACGGACUGCUCAGCCAAUUUAUCAACCUCCAGCACAACGUAGAUAAUUACUAUGUCUGAAUGUUAAUUUGAAAUUGAAACCGAUUACAGUUUUUAAAUGAAGGUUUAAUAUCCUGCCAUCUUUAAAUACUCAUGUAAUUACUCAUAUAAUUGCGGUACGAUUUAAUCAUUAAUGAGAUAUGAGAUUGGUUGUAAUGAGAUCUGAAUUGUAAUCAGUGGGGUCUAUAUUAACAGGAUUAUAAUUUAUGAUCUAUGAUUUAAAGUAACCUAUUAACUAGUCGCGUACUAGGUACAACAGUAAAAAUAAAUAAGAAACAACUUUGAAACUCUACUUAUUAUUAUAUACAUUGUGAAUAGAUUUAAAAAUAAUGUAUAUGUACAUAAAUAAUUAACUGAGAGUUUAUUGAUCUAUAUGAUUUAAAAUUUAUUUUUAAUUAAUUUGUAGAAAUCUACGUCGAUACUCUGUAAACACUAUUAGUGUAAUUUAAAUAAAAAAUUUGUUAUAAUUGAACAUUGUACUAAAGCUAAUUAAUAUACGUACAUA